UCUUAAUUGACUUGUUUGUAUCAAACGCAACGAGCAUACAUGCAUAAAUAAAACACAUGUGUCUCAGUUAUAUUAUAUCAAUAGUAAUGUUAUAAACAAUCAAUAUGAGUAAACUGCACGUUCUCUAUGAGCACAGUGCAGGCUUCGCUCUGUUUCGUGUGGCGGAAUUUGAAGAGUUGGCUGCAUUUCUACCGCAGGUAGAGGAAUCUGUGACGGAUCUACAACGUUUUAAUUCUGUUGUUACCUUGAAUGCCUUCCAACCAUUCAAAUCUGCAGUCGUCGCUUUGGAAAACAUAAAUGCGGUUUCUGAAGGUAUUGUCCCAGAGGACCUGAACCUAUUUUUGGAGGGUGCUUUACCCAAGCGUAAAAAAAGAGGAAAAUGCACCCUGGGAGUACUCGACCCGAAGUUGGGAGCUGCUAUCAGCGAGGCUCUGGAGAUACCCUGCUCACAUACAGGAGCUGUGCCAGAGAUUUUAAGGGGUAUUCGUCACCACUUCCAUGCUCUCAUCAAAGGGCUCACCCUCAAGGCAUGCAGUGUAGCACAACUCGGCCUUGGCCACUCCUACUCCCGGGCGCGGGUGAAGUUCAAUGUCCAUAGAGUAGACAACAUGAUUAUACAGAGCAUAGCUUUGCUGGAUCAGCUGGACAAGGACAUCAAUACAUUUUCUAUGAGGAUCAGAGAAUGGUACUCCUACCACUUCCCAGAGCUUGUCAGCAUCGUUCCCGAAAAUCAUUUAUACACGAAGUGCGCUGAAUAUAUCAAGGACCGUAAAACAUUGAAUGAGGAAUCUCUCGAGCCUUUGACUGAGAUCCUAGGCGAUUCGGAGAAGGCACAAGCUAUAGUGGAUGCUGCUAAGAUGUCUAUGGGCAUGGAUAUAUCGCCAAUAGAUUUAAUUAAUAUACAAAUGUUUGCUGGUAGAGUUGUUGCGUUGAGUAAUUAUAGGAAGCAGAUAUCGGAAUAUCUACACACCAAGAUGAACAGUGUGGCACCAAACUUGACUACCUUGAUUGGAGACCAGGUGGGCGCACGGCUCAUCUCUAAAGCUGGAUCCCUUACGAGCCUCGCGAAGUACCCUGCAUCCACAUUGCAGAUUUUGGGUGCUGAAAAGGCGUUGUUCAGGGCCCUGAAGACCAGGUCCAACACACCCAAGUACGGUUUACUUUAUCACUCGACUUUCAUUGGCCGCGCCGGUCUCAAGAACAAGGGUCGUAUCAGCCGGUAUCUCGCCAAUAAAUGCUCCAUAGCUUCCAGAAUUGACUGUUUCUCUGAAAACCAAACGACAAUCUUUGGCGAAAAGCUCCGUCAACAAGUAGAAGAUCGGUUGAAGUUCUAUGAAACUGGCGACAUUCCCAAAAAGAACAUAGAAGUUAUGAAAGAAGCUUUGGAGGAAGCUUCACAAAUUGUGGUCGAUGCCACAGCUAGUGCUAAGAAGAAGAAAAAGAAAAAGAAGAAGGAACAACAAGAAGCUAUGGACGAGGACUAGUUCCAGUUUCAAAAAUAUUUUUAUAGGUUAUUAAAUAAGAAAUGUACCUAAAACAAUUUUUGUCUAAAAUAGUAAGCCAUCACAAGCCGGCACAUUACUAAAAGAAAUAAACAUUA